AGGAUAACUGCCUUGAGCAUCUCUUUAAUUAAUAAUGCUUCACAUUCCGCUGAUUCUGUAUUCUUUGAAGGGACGCAGGGUCCUGUGAAUUUGAUAAAGUGUGACCUUUCGAUCGUCCUGUACACAGCCCCCCGCAGUCCUUCUCUUAUUUCUUCGCAACGAUGUCAACACAGGAUGGAGGACUUACUAUCGACAAACAAAUGAGGUCUAUCUUGAACCGACCUUCGCGCUACCUUAAAUCAAAAGACGGAGGGCAAAAGCUUCGAAUACUUUAUCGACAAGAAACCCUGAAUUUCGAUGCGUCCAGAAUAUCGUCCUUCGCUCUAUCCUGCGUUAUGGGGGUAUUGCAAGAAGUUAAAAAGCAUUUUGGGAAAGGACAAGAUCCUGAUUUGCAUGUCACCGAGACUAGCUUCAAGUUCGGAUAUGCAACUUUGGUGGUUUACGGCGCUCAACGGGUGCAAGGAGGGGUUGCUCAGCACUACGAAAUCAUGGAAUAUCUCAUCUCCCAGGGCCUCCCGCUCGAAUCCGAGGACAUAGUAGGAUUCACCGCUCUUCACCAUCUCGUGAGCUGUCCUGUGGAACGGCCUGACCUUGUUCGUCUCCUCCUUACCAAAGGAGCCAACGCUGAUCAUCAAAAUCGCUACGGAGAGGUACCCCUGCUCGGGGCCUUUCAGCUAAAGCUGUUCAAAUCAGCCGACAUCUUAUUGGAGUUUGGCGCCGACUUGGAUAUUGCAGAGGCCGAUGGUAUUACACCGAGGAAGUCUUUCGUCAGGUGUGGACCCGAAAUCACCGCCGUAGUAUCAAGGUGGAUUCGCAGGCGGAGUGGCGAAGAGAAAGGCUCGAGAGGCGAAAAGGCUUGUGGCGAAUGCGGGAGGAGCGACCUGCCGUUGAAGAACUGUACGAGAUGCCAGGUCAUGCGUUACUGCUCUGUCGAAUGCCAGCGUCAGCAUUGGCCUAUACAUAAAAAGAAGUGCCAGUCGUUCGCUACGGAGAACACGGUCCUGUUGAAGCCGUAUUUCGAACCGGAAGGCGCCGACUACCACAUGCGUCCUAUGGCCGACCUCCUACGUCAGGCGACGGGAUUGCCGACAGAGCCUGUCCGACAGAGGGAAACCCGCUAUGCGCGAAUACCGAAAGCAACUGCCGAAGGCAGUUCGAAGCCCCUUAUAAUCAAAAUACAAGCCGCCAUAGAUGUGAAAACGUUCGAGCCUUUAUCAGGCGAACAUGACUUCUUUGUCUACACGAAGAAGAGAGAUCUGGUGUGCAAGAUCAGGAAGGAAGAUAACGGGAUACAAUAUGAUAAAAUUGCAAAGGUGCUUAGGGAGAAAGGCGUCAAUGGAACAAAGAUAUAUCUUGCCGCAGAGUUAAGGAGCCAAGAGCUACUCGUCGUGAAGACGUCAGAAGUUUUGGAAGUUCAGCCUUUUUGAUCAUAAAGCAUAUUCAUAACAGUAACUACACUGGUCGC